UAUGAGUGCUUGAUGCACCGCCAUCCUAAUCAAAACCCAAAAAAAAAAAAAAUUAUUGUUGUAUUGCGAAUAAUGCUAUAAAAAUAGGCGUAAAAAACAAUAACAAUGAAUAAAAUAAACAAUAAAUGUCGGACGUGUUUCAAUGAAUCCACCAAAGGAUUACAAUCUCUAACAAAAAAGACUUCAACUGAUGAGAAUAAUCAACAAAAAACCUAUGCAGAACUACUUAAUGAGUUGGCCAAUAUUAAUAUAAUGCAUGACAAAUGUUCCAAAAUGCCUCAGUCCAUAUGUGGUCUUUGUUCCAAGAAACUGAAAGCAGCUCACGCUUUCGUCCAGCAAGCUCAGGAGGUUAAUGAACAACUUUAUUCCAUGUUUUUACAAAAUCCUCAGUCGGUGGAUAGGGUUGGUGUUGGAAAGUCAUCGGAUUGUUUGCAAGAGGUUCAAAUCGAUAUUGCAGCAUGUGCUGAGAUUAAAAUGGAACAUGAUGAUGUGGGUGACAGUAGCGAUGGUGUGGUGGGUGUUGAUGUUAUGAUGGCAGAGCCAGAGAUGCUAAAGAAGAGUGUACAAUUGAAAGAGGAGAAUCCAGAAGAAGAUGCUUUAGCUGUAAAUUUUACAAAGAGUGAAGAUAAUUUUGAAGAUUGCAAUGAUCUAAAAGAUUCUUUAGAUGUAACAUACCCUAAUAUUUCUCUAACAAUCCUCACGUCUGACACUGAAGACAACAUUCCAAAUAUUCUGGAACAAACUAUGGACACUUCCGAUAACAAUAGCAAUAUAAAUGAUGGAUCAUGUCAUUCCGCUACAGAUAAUAAUGAUGACAAUGAAUGGUUAAAUGAAUCAAAUAAUUCCACAAAAAAAUCACGAAAAAAGAAAACAUCGCCUACGAAAAAACGUAAAAAAUCACCUAAAACUGAAGAAACUAAGGACAAAAAUGAAGAUGAAUGGUUGCAGGUGAAAUGUAAUGACUGUGAUAAAAUAUUUGAUAAUUCACGGCUAUUAAAUCGUCAUCUGCGUUUAAAUCAUGUACCGGAUGAACUGAAAAUACAAUGUCUCCAUUGUGAGGCAAAAUUCAGUCGUCGCCAUAAUAUGUACGCUCAUAUGCGUCGUAUACAUAAAACCGAAAAUUUAGAAGAGUUUCAAAUACAACCGAAAAAAUCCAACGCCGCGAAGCAGUAUGCCUGUCAACAGUGUACACGUUCAUAUACCAAUAAAUACAAGUUAAUAGCUCAUGUCAAUAGUCAUCAUAAUCCCGACAAUAAAAACACUGCCCCUAAAGAGAAGAUUCUACAACCGAAAAAACGUUUCUUAUGCACACUUUGUGGUCUAAAGUUUGACAGUGAGGGUAAUUUGAAUAUUCAUUUUCGCCGGCAUACUGGUGAAAAACCAUAUAAGUGUGAAUUUUGUGAUCGAGCCUAUCCUAGACUCUACGAUGUACAAGUACAUCGCCGCACACAUACCGGUGAGAAGCCCUAUCAAUGUACCCUCUGUGAAAAGACCUUUAGACGAUCGAACAAAUUAAAGAUUCACAUGCGUACGCACACCAACGAACGACCCUAUAAGUGUACACAGUGUGAGAAGGCUUUUAAACAAUCGAAAGAUUUGAAUAUACACAAACGUACGCAUACCGGCGAGAGACCCUAUAAAUGUGCCGUGUGUCAGAGUACAUUCACCCAGAGUAAUUCGUUGCGUUUACAUCAAAUUAAACAACAACAUUUGGAAAAGGUGAAACCAGUUGAAGAUUUACCAGCGGCAAUGACAUUUAUGUGUCAGCAGCCAACAUAAAGUAUUAUUAAUAUUAGUGAUUUUAUAAAGUAUAAGUUAAAUAAAUUGUAGUCAUAAACAUACAUAA